AUGCGCAUUAUGUCAUCUACAUGGUGUGUGCUGCUGCUGCUGCUGCUGCUGCUAGCGAUUGCGGUUACCGCGUCGCAUGAGCCGCGCUUCCACGUGCGUCCGCCCACCAAUUGGGUCAGCGACCCCAGCGGGCUUUACCGUGACCCCAUCACAAAACAGAUGCACCUGUACAUGCGGUGCAACCCGUACGGCGCGGUGUGGGGCAAUAUGAGUUGGUACCACUUCACCUCGAUGGACUAUGUGAAGUGGCAGGAUCAAGGCAUUGCACUAAAGAAUGAUAAUGAAUACGAUCGCAGAGGUGCGUACAGUGGAUCCAUCACGCAACGCGCUGAUGGGACACCCGUGCUGAUGUAUACGUGUGCUGCAGAUGGUGACGUGCAGCGACAAUGCAUUGCUUUACCACCCAAGGAAGAUGUCCAAUCUGGUGGCAAACGUUCACUCAACUCGUUUGUUAAGCUUCCCACAAAUCCUGUAUUGACAGAGAAUGAUGUGCCUGGCCUUAUUGGUCUGAACCACUUUCGUGACCCCACAAACUUCUGGGUGAACCCUGAUAACACAUCAGAGUGGCUGGUAGCUUUUGUAGCCAGUAUUAACAAAGGUCCUUCUGGUGUAACUGCAGCACAGGUUGUUGUUUUCGCUACCAGUGAUCCCAAUUUUACAUCAGACUUCCGAUUCUCACAUGCCAUUUGGGAAAAUUUAUUCGAAUUUGACGACAUGCUUGAAUGUCCAGACUUUUUCAAACUGGGAGACGAAUACUACUUGAAGGUGUCAACAAUGAUCAGUGGUCAGGACUACUGGGUGUAUGGUUACUAUAUGAAGAAUUAUGUCGAUCAAACGAUCUUUUAA